UCAACUUUUAAGUUUGUGAAGACAAUUAUUCAACGCAAACGAAAGUCAAUUUUGACAUAAACGAUUGAGGCUUGUUUAGGAUGCGCACAUAAAAUGUACAAUUGUCGAAUAAUUUAUCGGCGAUAUGCUGGCGUCAAAUCAAAGAUGAGUGAAGUUUUAGGAAACAGUAGCAUCUUAUGACGUCAUAGGAAAACGUCAACGUGAAAAACAAGUUACCAUCACAGCUCAGAUAAGAUGCAAAGAAGAGGUCGAAAAUAUAAAUCGAGAUGGACAAAGAAAGUGGGCUUGAAACAGCUAUUGGCAACUCAAGAGAACCCUCGGAGUCUUAUUCAGGAGUUGGAGAUGAGGGUUCGAAUGCUGGCCCUACAAAGAGAGACUGCCGAAAGCGACACGCUGCACGCCAUUGCGGGGGGACAGCAAAGGAAAUUUUUCACAGUUUGGAUGAGCAGGAGUAAUCCAUUUAAUGAGAUCGAAGAUACCGGGACGGAGAGCGACAAUUUAAUAACACGACAAAAACUCACUCAAUUCUCCUACGACAAAGACGUCUCCUGGGAUGAACUAAUCACCAACGCCCCUCGAAUUAAGAAAUACACCCAGUUCAUGGAGGAGUCAGCGUCUGCUCUGCGUCAGUUGGAAUAUUCCGCGUUACAAACCAAUGAGGAGGUAGACACAGCCAAUGGAGAGGUUUUAAAUUCUUAAGCAAAAAGAUCAUUGUUAUUUCAAAGAUGUAAUGCAUGCAUGGCAAGGGAAUACCAAGGAACAACGAUUUUUUAGCAUCUUACACAAACGUUUUUAUAAAAGCUUAGAUUUUAUAUGGCAAGAUUAUUGUCCGUUAUUAUAGUAUUUAGACAGCAUUUACAUGAACAACCUUAUUUUAAAUGUGUCAUAUAUUGAUUUAUAAAAAUAAAUAUAUUCAUAUUUCUUCUAA